AUGGACACACCUAUAUCCACCACCGAAGUCUUUCAGUUGAACUCUGUCACUGGCGGACUUCGCCCAGGUACAAUCGCCUUUAAGACACUGACGCUGGAGAGUGACAAGUAUGUCUGCGUACGCGAUGUGCAGCCGGACGGGCAGACUUCUCUUGUCAUUGUGGACCUGGAGAAACGUGAGAGUAUGCGCAACAACAUCCGCGACGCAGAGUCGGCGAUUAUGAACCCUAAAUCAAAAAUCCUCGCGCUGCGCAGCGGCCGCAACCUGCAGGUCUUUGACGUUGACGCAGCGAAGCGGCUCAAGGUGGUCGUCUUCCAUGAGGACGUGCUGUACUGGCGCUGGAUCGAUGACCGCACCCUCGGCCUUGUCUCUCCGACAGCGGUAUACCAUUGGAGCCUCGAUGCCGCCAGCGAUGCCGCCCCUGAGCGGGUCUUCGACCGCGCGCCAGAAAUGGACGUGUCGGUGCAGAUCCUCAACUAUCGCACUGAUGAGAAGCGCAAGUGGUUGAUGCUCUCGGGUGUGGCGCGAACGGCAGAGGGGAUGGUGGGAAAGACGCAGUUGUACAGUGUGGAGAAUAGUAGUGGCCGCGUACUUGAGGGGCACGCUGGUACCUUCAUCUCCACCAGUACGCCAACAGAACCGCGUCCUUGCAAUAUCAUGUGUCUCGCAUGGAAUAAUCCCCAACAGGGCGGAAAAGUGCUGCUGAUGGAGUUGCCAACAAGCCCAAAGAUGGACCUCACACUGACGCGCCGCGUUGUGGACAUUCCGUUCCCUCCCGGUGACUUCCCCGUUGCCCUCAACGUGUCGCCACGGCACAAGUUGCUUACAAUCAUGACAAGCCGUGGAACGGCCGUUUUGAUGGAUAUCUUCACUGCGGUGGUAAUCAAGGUGCAGCAGAUGACUCCCAAUGUCGUUUUCUGCGGUGCACCAUACAGUAAAACAGGUGGUUUGCUUUGCGUCAGCAACCAGGGGUCCGUUUUUCACGUCUCACCAAACGACGAUGGAAUUAUUCCUUAUGUGAAGAACCAAAUGCAAAACCCGGAUCUUGCCUUGCGUAUCGCCAGUUCUGCCAACCUUGGUGGUGUGGAUGAUCUCUACAGGGUACAGUUGGAGAACAGCCUUCGUGUUGGCAACAUAGAGGAGGCGGUACGUGCGUGUCUGCGCGCCCCUAAUAACGCCUUGCGUGGGCCGGAAGUCCUUGCACGUUUUGUCCAUUACCCACCGGUGCCUGGCCAGCCGCCAGCCAUUUCCGUUUACUUCAAGCUGGCUCUCGCCGAAACGACACUGAACUCCCAAGAGUCGGUUGAACUGGCUCGUGCUGUCGUGCCAAAAGGUGGGGCAGCAUACGUCAAGCAGCAGUACGAGAGUAAUAAGUUGACCCCAAGUGAAGAACUAGGUGAUCUUAUAGCGCAAGCUGAACCUGAGCUUGCAAUUAAGAUUUACCACAAGGCAGAUGCACAUGCUAAGGUUGUGAACAUAUUCCUGCAGCGAAAUGAGACACAGAAAGCGGUAGAGUACUGCAAGCGGGCAAAUUUUUCACCUGAUUGGCGCGUUAUUUUGAACAACUUUAUCCGUGUCAAUCCGCAGAACUCCGUGAGUUUAGCACUUAUGCUCCACCGUGAUUUGAGUGAGAAACCGGUUUUGGAUCCGAAGGAGGUGGUGGAUAUGUUUGUCACAGCUCAGCAGAUUCAGCAGGCGACGGAAUUUAUUUUAGAAGUGCUUCGCGCGGAUAAUGGUGAAUCAACCAAAGAUCUCCAGACAAAGCUUCUCGAAAUUAACUUGAAGCAUUCACAUCCCUCCGUGGCAGAAAAAAUUUUCGUACGUGGUAUCUGUACCCACUAUGAUGGUAUGAAGUUGGCACCUCUCUGUGAACGGGCAGGGUUGGCGCAGCGCGCCAUUGAGUGCUACGUUUCAGCGCAGAAUCAAGAUCCUGACCUUGACAACCUUGCGAACAUACGCCGAUGCCUCUCGCACGCACAGAGCUUCAACCCAGAGUGGUUAAUUGAGUUCUUUGGCAAGCUCAGCCAGACCGAUAGCAUGCGUUGUUUGGAGGACCUCUUGCAGAACCAUCGCCAGAACUUCAAGGUGAUUGUACAGGUUGCUACCAAGUACAAUGAUGCCCUUGGUGCAGACAAGCUUAUGGAGCUGUUUCUUGAGCGCAAGUUGUUUGAUAUCCUUUACUACUACCUUGGCGCCAUUGUACCAUACACGCGCGACCCUGAAGUGCAUUUCCACUACAUUGAAGCUGCGGCAGAGAUGGGCCAGGCGCAGGAGCUUGAACGGAUGACGCGUGAAAGUCCGUGUUAUGAUCCGGAACGUACCAAGAAUUACUUGAAGAAUAAGAAACUAACGGAUCAAUGGCCGCUUAUCAAUGUUUGUGACCAGCACAAUUUUAUUGAUGAACUCGUGCACUACUUGUUAGAGACAGGUAACGAAACCCUGAUCGAGCAGUAUGUGCAGCGUCGGAGCCCAGGGAAGACGCCAGCUGUUGUGGCUGCACUUCUUGACUGUAACGCACGCGAAGAGUUUAUCAAGACUAUCCUCAAUUCAGUUGGUACCAUGUGCCCCAUUGCGGAAUUGGCGCAAGUGGUUGAGGAGCGGGGCCGCCUGCGUCUCAUUCAAGGGUGGUUGGAGGCGCGUCUGGCUGAGAAGAAAACCGAUGCAGCUCUCCAUAAUGCGCUAGGUAAGCUGUAUGUGGACACUGACAACAACUCGGAGAAGUUCUUGACAGAGAAUGAAUACUACGAGCCUCUUAUUCUUGGUAAAUACUGCGAGAAUCGUGACCCCAAUCUGUCGUACAUUGCAUACCGUAAGGGCCACUUGAGUCAGGAGCUGAUCGAGCUCACUACCAAGAAUGGCAUGUGGAAGCAGCUCGCGCGCUAUCUCGUACAGGAGCAGAACCUGGAUCUCUGGUCCACUGUCCUGAAGGAUGACACAAAAGAGCGUGAGCGCCUCGUAGAGGCAGUGCAGCAGACGGCGCUACCGGAGUCCCGCGUCAGUGAGGAGGUGAGCACCACCGUGCGUGCCUUUAUGAACGUAGAGAUGACGCAUGAGUUGACAUCCAUGUUAGACCAGAUUGUGGUGCGGGGUCACUUCAGGAAAAAUCGCUUCCUUGAGAACCUUCUAAUCAUGUCGGCCAUUCGGGCGCGCAAAGAUAAGGUUAUGGAGUACGUCUCUACACUCGAGAGCUACGACGCGAAGGAGAUUGCUAACAUUGCCAGUGCUGCAGAGAUGCAUGAAGUUGCAUUUACCGUAUAUGACAAGCACAACAUGCCGAAGGAGGCGGCAACGGUUCUGAUGCGUGAUUUAAAGGAAAUUCCACGUGGUCGUUCCUACGCGCAGAAGUGUGAUACCCCUGCUGUAUGGACUGUACUCGGCGAGUACCUUCUCGCGGCAGAUGAGGUGCAUGAGGCGAUUGAGGCGUUGAUUCGCGCAAAGAACCCGGAAUUUGUAGAAGCAGUGACUGCCGCUGCGGAACGCAACAACCAGUUUGGCGACCUCAUCAAGUACCUUACUAUGGCACGUGCAGAGUCACGCUCGAAGGACAACAAAAUUGACACGGCGUUGGUGCUCACAUACGCCAAGACGGGUCGUCUCACAGAACUGGAGGAUUUCUUGAAGGAGACACACAAUGUGCAGAUCCAGUCCGUCGCUGACAAGUGUUUUGACGACGGUCUGUACGAUUCUGCCCGAGUGCUUUACACGAUCGCAUCAAACUUCCCGAAACUUGCGAUGACGCUGGUAAAAAUGAACAACUUGCCUGCUGCUGUUGAGGCGGCGCAGAAGGCGCAGUCGAAGAAGACGUGGACGGCCGUCAACAUUGCAUGCAUUGAGGCCGGUGAGAUUAAGCUAGCCAACAUGUGCGCCGUUCCCCUUGUUCUACAGGCCGAAUUGAUUCAAAGUGUUGUGGACCGCUACGAGGACCAAGGUCUCUGGGAAGAGUUGUUGUCGGUGCUCAAGACUGCCUCUGCCACGCCUGGCGCGCACAUGGGCGUCUUCACCUCUAUGGGACUCCUCCUCGCGAAGUACAAACCUGAGAAACUGCUGGAGCAUGUGAAUAUGUACUCCAAGAAGAUCAACACACACAAGAUGAUUGCGGUAUGCGAGCAAUACCAUCACUGGCUGGUGCUGCGCGUGCUACACGUUAAUAACGAGGACUGGCUCGCCGCCGCCUCCACAAUGGUGCAGCAUUACGCAGAUGCCUGGGACCAUGAUAUUUUCAAGGAUGUUGUCGGCCACCUCGGCGUAAGCGAUAUAGUGUACAACUCUAUCAGCUUCUACAUCAAGACAUAUCCAGACCUCCUCAAUGACUUCCUCUCCAGCAUGUUCAAGAAGCUCGACCCUGAACGUGUGCUGACUGAGGUAACGAAGAUUGCCCCCAUUCACUUCAUCCGCCAUUACCUUGAGUCAGCGCAGGAUCGCAACUCCCGCCGCGUCAACGAGGCACUGAACAAACUCUACAUGGAGGAGGAAGAGGACUUUGUGGCGCUGCGCAACUCGGUGGAGCAGUACGACAACUUUGACUCUGUCGAGCUGAGCGCACGGCUUGAAAAGAUGGAGCUGUUUGAGUUCCGGAAGAUUGCCCUUUUUUUGCACCGCCGAAACAAGCGCUACUCACACGCCAUAGCGGUGGCUAAGGAGAAUAAACUUUACCAGGAAGCCAUUGAGACUGCUGCAGAGAGCGGUGACCCGCAGGUUAUUGAGGGUCUCCUUGAUUUCUUCGUCGUUGACCACCCCGAGUGCUUCGUCUCGUGUCUGUACGCCUGCUAUGACUACUUAACUCCACAGGUGGUGCUGGAGAAGGCCUGGCUUAACAAGCGUACCGACCUCGCGAUGCCGUAUCUCAUUCAGGCGGUUCAGGACUACACUGCACGCGUUUCACGUAUAGAGAAGUCUAUGACGGACGCGCAGCAGUCGGCGAAGGAGGCGGCGCGUCGUGCGGGGCCGGUGCACGUACCAGGUGGCGAUCCGCUGAUGAUUCAGGCGGGGCCGGGGAACUCAAUGGGUGGAGUGCCGAUGCCAAUGCCCAUGCCGAUGAUGGGGCAGCAGCAGCAGCAGCAGCAAGGGGGCUUCGGUAUGCCGCCGCCACAAUUCGGCAACGGAAGGCCGUACUGA